AUGCCAAGCCCACAGGCCGCCGCGGGCACUCUGGAUGGCCUCAGAACGCUUGUCCGGACAUCGGCGACCCUCAUCAAGCAGCUCGAGGAAGUCGUCCACCAGAGCGCCCUCGGAAAAGCAGACGCGGCCGCCCCGCCAUCGCCGUCGACUGCCCCGCCACCAUCCGUCGAUGCCUUCUCGCUCGCUCACGAUUCUGCCAGUCUGAUCCGCGCCCACAGCACCAAGCUUUCCCUCCUGAUCAUCAACGAACCCUACACACCCUCCGCCAUCGCCAAAGUUCUGCAGGAGCUCGUUGCUGGGCCCGUCCCCGGCAUCGCAUCCGCGGUGCAGGUCUGCGCGGCCGAUCGCUAUACCGCCGUCGUGCGACAGGAUCUGGCAUGGAGGUGCUAUCGGGUGCUGAAGGAGCUGCGGGGCCUCGUCGAGAUAAUACCGCUCGACGGGAGGGUCCUGUCGGCCGAGAAGAAGGAUGGCGCGAGGGGCGACAAGGGGAGCCUCACUGCGACCGGUGUGAUAUGGUCCGCGUGCGACGACGUAAUACUGCUCAGGAAGCUGGGAGUCGCCGGUCUUCUGGUCAAGAAGGUCCAGCAAUACCGCGACACGCUCCAGGACGUGCUGGAUGAGCUGAAGGAGUGGAAGGAGGAGGGCGAGGAGCAAGAAGAGGACGACGCCGAUGAGGUCGAAUACGUGUCCAGCCAGCUCGACACGACACAUCUGACCGAUCAGGAUAUGGUCGACGACCUGAUGAACACCCGCCACAUACCCCGCGACGACCAGGACAAGAUCGGUCAAAGGCUAGAGAGCUGUUUGAAGCGGUUGCGGCUUACAACACUGCUCUACACCGCAGUGGUGAAGCGACGGUUCAAGACGCUUCCACCGCUUCCAGGCAGCGAGCCAACAUCGGUGGCAAAGAGGCUGGACGAAGUUCUGGCGAUCCUGAAGCAGUUGCCAGAUCAUUUCAACGAUCUGGCUUGCGCCUUCUACGAGUUGGAGCCAGAUGCAAUCGACCAGAACAUGGACACGUGUUUCUUUGACGCUUUUGCCGCGUCCGAGAUGCUCAUGAAGCCCUGGGACGGAGACAAGGACGAGUUUACCGAAUGGGCGCAGAAGUUCCAAGUCAGCAUAAAGAAGCCCGACUAG